AGUGUCACCAAACAGUUACAGGUGUAGUCUCCAGGCACCCUCGUCUGUCACAAAUUAAAGCUUCUCAGUCAAGAUGUUGAAGGCGGUUAUUUUAAUUGGAGGCCCCCAGAAAGGCACAAGGUUCAGGCCCCUGUCAUUUGAAGUGCCCAAACCCUUGUUUCCUGUAGCUGGUGUGCCCAUGCUGCAGCAUCACAUUGAAGCAUGUGCCAAGGUACCAAAUAUGAAGGAGAUUUUGCUCAUCGGCUUUUAUCAACCAAAUGAAGAACUGAACAGAUUCCUGUUCAAUGCACAGCAGGAGUUUAAAAUCUCCAUCAGGUAUCUGCAGGAGUAUGCUGCCCUUGGCACCGGGGGGGGCAUCUAUCACUUCAGAGAUCAGAUCGUGUCCGGCAGUCCAGAGGCCUUCUACGUUCUGAAUGCGGAUGUUUGCUCAGCGUUUCCCCUUGCAGAGAUGCUCAGCUUCCAGAAGGAACACGGAGAACCAAACAGCUUUGUUAUCCUGGGGACAACGGCAAACAGAAAGCAGUCCAUGAACUACGGCUGUAUUGUUGAAAACGAGACAACAAAGGAAGUCUUGCAUUAUGUGGAAAAGCCGAGCACAUUUGUGAGCGACAUCAUAAACUGCGGCAUAUACCUCUUCACCCCGGAAAUCUUCCAGCAUAUCGGUGCUGUCUUUCAGAAGAACCAGCAGGACAUGUUGCUAUAUCCAUACGAUGGAGAGGAGCCAACCAACGGCUGGCACCGGGCGGAGGCCAUCAGGCUGGAGCAGGACAUUUUCACUGCCCUGGCGGGACAGGGCAAACUCUACGUGUAUAAAACCCUCAGCUUCUGGAGCCAGAUUAAAUCUGCAGGGUCUGCAAUUUACGCCAGUCGGUUGUACCUCAACCAGUAUCACACCACUCACCCUGAAAGACUGGCCUCAAUUAAAGAGGGGGGGCCUAAAAUAAGUGGUAAUGUCUAUAUUCAUCCUACAGCAAACAUCGACCCCACUGCUAUGCUGGGCCCCAAUGUCUCGAUUGGCACAGGAGUAACGAUUGGUGCUGGGGUCAGAGUUCGGGAAUCCAUCAUCCUUCAUGGUGCCACUCUACAGGAUCACUGCUGUGUUUUGAACAGCAUUGUGGGAUGGGACAGCACUAUUGGCAAGUGGGCCCGAGUAGAAGGAACCCCGAGUGACCCUAACCCAAAUGAUCCCUUCGCAAAGAUUGACAGCGAGACGCUCUUCAGAGAGGGAAAACUCACACCCUCUAUUACUAUUCUGGGUUGUAACGUGACCAUCCCUUCUGAGGUCAUUAUACUCAACUCGAUCGUCCUACCACACAAAGACCUCAACCGCAGCUUCAAAAACCAAAUUAUUCUCUAGUUAAUCUUACUCGGGCUUCUGUCCACUUACUGUCACUGAUGAAGAAUGCUGCUGGACACACAGCGCCCUGCCUCUGAGUUACUGUAUAUAAGACGUCAAAUAUCAAGAUAGGGGGCAUUCAUUAAAUCAUUUUGAAAAAUAGUUUUUUUAUAUUUGUCCUUCAGCCCUUUAUGCAUCACUGGGUGUCAGCAGCAUUAACGGAAAGUUAAUCAAGCAUGUUGAUUCUCCUUGAAAAAUGCUGUCAUGCCAGGGGUUUAAAUUGUUUUUAUAUUAACUUUACCGAACUGUAAAAUUACUACAAAUACUAGUGUAAUAUAUUUUCUUGGAUAUAAUAUGAUGUUAAAAAAAAAAGGUGUAUAGACAACUACGCUCUGUUUUUCUCAAGGGCAUCCUUGAUAAACUUGAGACUUGUUACUUGAGUGUGAGAAGAGGAAUUAUUAGGGAAUAAAAAUCCUUGGCCACUGACUGUGGUUAAUUUUUAGCGGUGAUUAUUUGUGUGGAGCUCUUGAUUAAAACCGUUAACCAUC